CCGCCGGUCGCGACGUCGCUGCCUCCGCCAUGCGCCGCUGAGGCGGGCCUGGCCUGGCCUGGCCUGGCCAUGGGGGCGCCGCCGCCCAACGGCAGCCUCAGCCUCACCGACAGCCCCCUGCGGCCGGGCGGGGGGGCAGCGGCGGGGCCGGGAGACCGCGGUUGCGAGAACGGGGCCCUCAUGGACAGCUUCGGCAUCUUCCUGCAGGGGCUCCUGGGCGUCGUGGCCUUCAGCACCCUCAUGCUAAAACGCUUCAGAGAACCAAAACAUGAAAGACGUCCCUGGAGGAUAUGGUUUUUAGAUACUUCCAAGCAAGCCAUAGGGAUGUUGUUCAUCCACUUCGCAAAUGUCUAUUUAUCAGAUCUUACAGAAGAAGACCCUUGCUCACUGUAUCUUAUCAACUUCUUGUUAGAUGCCACACUAGGAAUGCUGUUAAUCUACAUUGGUAUUCGUGCAGUCAGCAGCCUGGUGGAAUGGCAGCAGUGGAAGUCCCUUCGCUUUGGUGAAUAUGGUGACCCACUACAAUGCAGUGCUUGGAUGGGCCAAUGUGUUCUGUACAUAGUGAUUAUGACAUUUGAGAAAACCAUCAUCAUUAUAGUGCUGCUUAUACCUCAGUGGAAAGAGGUAGCUUUAUUGAAUCCUAUAGAGAACCCCCAGCUGGAGCUGGCUAUCGUCAUGCUGAUAGUUCCUUUCUUUGUUAAUGCAUUCAUGUUCUGGGUAGUAGAUAAUUUUCUUAUGAAGAAAGGGAAGACAAAAGCUAAACUUGAAGAAAAGGAAGCAGGACAAGAUUCAAGAAAUGGAAGUAAAGUCCGAUACAGGAGAGCAGCAUCACAUGAAGAGUCAGAGUCAGAAAUCCUUAUUUCAGCAGAUGAUGAGAUGGAGGAAUCAGAUGCUGAAGAGGACCUGCGCAGACUGACCAACUUGAACCCUAUUAAGAAAAAGAAGCAUCGUUUUGGUCUGCCUGUAUGACACAUUCCCUGGCCUGGGUGUUUGCAGGUCUCAUGGCAAAAACUUCAGUCAGUGGGUUUUAAUGUUGCAAUUGCAUCUCCCUUUUCAUACAAACUGACUUUACAAGCACGGUCUACCAACAGAAUGCAAAUGGUUGGAAGACUUCCAGUUCAGUUGCACUACAGACACACUGACCAAUUAUGCAAGAGUGUCUUUCCACUCGUGUGGAGAACACGGUGUUGGGAAGGACGAGGAGCUAAGGGAAUGCGUGUCUGGCAUUUUGGAGGAGAUCACAAAGCAGAUCCAGCAGUCUGUCACUUAUGGUUACUGAGGAUACAGCUGUAAGAUGUUCUCAAAAAGGCAUCAGAAUUAACUGAGUUAAAGGAGUGUGUUUUAUUACUAAAACUGGCUUUUGCAGCAUAAUUCCCAGAGCAGAAUAGUUUAUGGUUACAAGCUGUAACUUAACAUUAUUUUUUUAAGUACAAAUGUUUACUUGCUACCAGGUACCUAUGGAACUAAUAGGUGGAACAAAGAUUUUUUUUUUCCAAGUCUCCUCAAAUCUAUUUGACUAUUUUAUAUUUAAGUUAUAUUUUCAUACAGUUGUAUUUAAACAUUCUCUUUGUCAGAUAAAACCGUGCAGUUCCCUCUUUCUUGUGCAGAACAGGUCAAAAGAUUCAUAGUGAGAACAUUAUUUAUCCUUGUGUCCUGGUUUGACAACAGGAUUGCAAAGGGAAAAGCUCUGUCACUGCUGAAGCCACCAAAUAUCACUAAAAAUGCAGUCCUGAGUGUGCUUUUGACCACAUAAUUUGAAAAUACCUUUUUAAUAGGAGGUUGUGUUUGCAUAUUUGACAAACAUGCACUUUAGUGUAUAACAAAAAUCUGCUGUUAGGUUAUUUGUGAAAUUAAUAUCUACAGGUGACUCUUCUUUCUGUUUCUCUGAGUCUCUUGUGCAUACCUCUCUAAUGGCCCAGAAGAGAUGGAACAUUACUUACAUUUUUCCUUAUAUAGGGCCUGUGGUACAGGACCACAAUCUGACUGAAGCAGUUGUGCUACAAUAUUGCAAAUAAUUUUCCCUUGUUCUAAGUUGGAAAAGCAAUCUUUUAUUCUAUGUGCUAAAAAAAAAAAAUCCCAUUUAAUUAAGUCUGGUUAUCCUUUAGUAUUCAAAACAAACAAAAAAAAAAAACCCAAGAGAGAUAAUACAGUUGUUACUACAGAAUUUUUGUGUUCUUCCAGUGUCUUGUGUUCUGAUAAUUGACAGCACGUGCUGAUCUGAAACCUUGCAGACAUGUUUUCAGUGACAUCCUUUUGCUUUGCAUAUUUUCUAAACGAUUGUUUCCGACAGCUUUCCUUGUGUAGCUAAACCUUGUGCAGGACAAGGGGACGUGUCAAAGAGGUGACAACAGACCAUAAGUGCAAAUCUGUUGUGGUGUCUGGACAUCAGAUAUGUUCCAAGCCUUAAACCAAACAGUUUCAUUGGAAAACUGCUCAGAACUUUUUACAAUUUUCUAUAUUUUUUAUAGAUUUACUAGGUCUUAAUGUGAUUUAUUAUCCAGACCACUUAAAUGGGGUUCUUGGGCCUUAGUAAAUACUGAACUGUGCACCCCCGUACUUGUUUUCGCUAUUCCAGCAUUCCUUUUCACUGCUUGGCUGCUGAGGUGAACACAAUGUUCUGAGAUUCCAGGUACACCUCAGUGUGUCCAGCUGGCUAGAAGGGACAUUUUACCAAACCUGAUGUUACUGAGUUUAGGUGAGCCACUGACCUCUGUUACUGUGCACUGAAACGUAAUAACUGCAAUAAGUACUAGUGGUUUUUUUAGAGUAAAUCUAGAAACUAAUGACAAGAGGGGCUUAAUUGAGUUACUCUGAAAUGGGGAGCAGGGAGGUUGAGGAAAUUGUCCCUAAUCAGUGCUGCCUCUGGUUUAGAUUUUUGGGUUCUUUUCACUGAUUGUGUGACUUGCACCUUCUCUUGACUAUGUACCACCGGGCGGGCACAUACCUCCAAAAGCACAGGACUUCAAGGAAUUCAUUCUCAUUAGCAGAAUAGUCUCAUACCACUCACUUUUUCAAAGGGAUUUUAAGAGCUAGGACUAGCUCUUGUAAGCAAAUGUCGGCAUUUACUUGUUUUAGCAUAGGAUUUGUUCUAUUUCAGAUAAUGAAAUAAAGCUAUUCAACAUGUGCUGCGUACCACUGCACAGCCACCACUGUCCUCGUCCACCAUCAGAGGUAACUGAGCAGCACACACAAAUUUAAUUGUAUAAGCUUUCAUUUUAUCUUCCUUUCCCUCCUCUUCUCUAGUUAUUUAUCAGAAUUAUUUCCAGUCUCACGUUUGGUCUUUGAAGUGUCGGUAUAAAACUAUGGCCUUAAUCAUGUAAAAAUACUUGGUUUUGAGCAGACCUCAAACUUGCUGACCAAGUACAAAACAGUGUAAAGCACUAUGGAGCAGCUUCUCAAAGACGGUUGUGGCAAAGAUGUAUGAAUGCCUCAUUUUUCCUGUCUUAAGUGCUUAAAUGUCACUUGGUUUGAGAUUUUGAUUAUGCCUAGCAAGAUGAUGUAGUAAAGCACUGUGAGCCAAAGAGACAGAAGUAUUUUAAAUACCACAGUAGUAACUGAAGGAGCAUAUCUUCAGAGGGGAAAAAACAGCUCAACAAUAAGACAAAACAUUCACAACCUUCACCAAAUAAUAAAAACUGGGAUUUAUUUUUUUCUAUUUGUUCCUUGUUACCAUGUGAAAGAGAUGAAAAAUAUAAAUAUUCCUCUUUGUAAGAUAAAAAUUGGAAUUCUUACAGUAGGACAAGUGCUCUCGUUUGAAGAGCUUGUAUGUGUGAGGAGGAAGUAUGUGCCUAGUGCUUCACUAUGUCUUACUGUUUGCUUAUUGAAAUGUAUUGGCAGUACAGUCUGGAAUAUUUUUUCAUUAAGAGUUGAUCCAGUAAUAAUAUUACAACACGACAAUGUUUGCAUUAUCCUCAAAUUGACUCUCUAAAUUUCUGCCUGGUGAAUGUACCUCAGGUCAACUCACAGCAAAGGUUGAAUUCAGGCUGUGCUUAGAAAAAUGUGAUUUUGUUUAAUGAAAAUAAGCUCUGUAGUAUAUGCCAAAGGAAGAGAAAGGGAUUGUAACUUACAGAAGAGAUGCAGAAGUAUUGGUGGAGAUCCAAUUUACCACAAGUGGUCAACCUAAAUGUAUUAACUGUUUCUAGUAUCGGACCUGUGACACAUCUGCAUAAACUUAAAACACUGGUAUUGUCUAAUACAUGGUUUUCAAGUUCUGGCUUUAAUAUGUUCAGGUCUCCUUGUCUUACUUUAAGUAGGUAAACGCUGUGUGUUAAUGUUGCUAACUAAAAUAUACUAUAGCUUUUCUUCAGGGAAAACUCAGAAAUUGAGUUGCAAAUUAGAGCAAUGCAAAGUGAUCCCCUCCAGCUGUGCCUGGGGAGGGAGAUGUGGGCUCUCCCACUCUGCUGAGGGCUGAGCAUCACAAGGAAUUUCUGCCACUGUGCUUGACUAACCCCUGUUUGCAACUUUGCUGUGCUUUUUACAGGAGAGACCGGUAAUGAAAGCAGAUAAAUUCAGCCACAUCGAGAGCAGAUCUACAGCACAGGCCUGCAAACUUUUUUAGGUAGUUUCCAGUUCAGUUACUGAAAAUGACUACUAUGGUUUUACAAAGUAAAACUGCAGUAUCUUUAAAAAAGGGACCCUUUUUUUUUUUUUUUGUAGGUAUUUUAGUCUUGCGUGGGUAUCUGUCUCAACCUGAAUGUUGGGUUUGUUUGUAAGUAAAUUCAGAGUAUAGCCUAUGUGAGCAAAACCAACAGCUGUAUUCUGCUGCCCUUUGUUUGGACCAUAUUGUUUAAUCAGUGGUGUUACCCUGAACUGCUAAGGGUAUCUGAUGUAAUUACAUUGUAUAAUGGUUUACAAUAAAGUUUGACUUAUUACA